GCUGGGCCCAGCCCCCGACACUGCCCAGACAGACUUUCCUAAGGCACGCUUUUCCUCGUGCAGCUCAGCCUGACUCCUGGAGAUUGUGAAUAGCUCCAUCCAGCCUGAGAAACAAGCCGGGUGGCUGAGCCAGGCUGUGCUCGGAGUGCCUGACAGGCCCAACAGACCCAUGCUGCAUCCAGAGACCUCCCCUGGCCAGGGGCAUCUCCUAGCUGUGCUCCUGGCCCUCCUUGGCACCACCUGGGCAGAGGUGUGGCCACCCCAGCUGCAGGAGCAGGCUCCGAUGGCCGGAGCCCUGAACAGGAAGGAGAGUUUCUUGCUCCUCUCCCUGCAUAACCGCCUGCGCAGCUGGGUCCAGCCCCCUGCGGCUGACAUGCGGAGGCUGGACUGGAGUGACAGCCUGGCCCAACUGGCUCAAGCCAGGGCAGCCCACUGUGGAACCCCAACCCUGAGCCUGGCUUCUGCCCCGUGGCACACCCUGCAAGUGGGCUGGAACGUGCAGCUGCUGCCUGCGGGCUCGGCGUCCUUUGUUGAAGUGGUCAGCCUAUGGUUUGCAGAAGGGCAACGGUACAGCCAUGCGGCAGGGGAGUGUGCCCGCAACGCCAACUGCACCCACUACACCCAGCUCGUGUGGGCCACCUCGAGCCAGCUGGGCUGUGGGCGGCACCUGUGCUCUGCAGGCCAGGCAGCGAUAGAAGCCUUUGUCUGUGCCUACUCCCCCGGAGGCAACUGGGAGGUCAACGGGAAGACAAUCAUCCCCUAUAAGAAGGGCGCCUGGUGUUCACUCUGCACAGCCAGCGUCUCAGGCUGCUUCAAAGCCUGGGACCACGCAGGAGGGCUCUGUGAGGUCCCCAGGAAUCCUUGUCGCAUGAGCUGCCAGAACCAUGGACGUCUCAACAUCAGCACCUGCCACUGCCACUGUCCCCCUGGCUACACAGGCAGAUACUGCCAAGUGAGGUGCAGCCUGCGGUGUGUGCACGGCCGGUUCCGGGAGGAGGAGUGCUUGUGCGUCUGUGACGUCGGCUACGGAGGAGCCCAGUGUGCCACCAAGGUGCAUUUUCCCUUCCACACCUGUGACCUGAGGAUCGACGGAGACUGCUUCAUGGUGUCUUCAGAGGCAGACACCUAUUACAGAGCCAGGAUGAAAUGCCAGAGGAAAGGCGGGGUGCUGGCCCAAAUUGAGAGCCAGAAAGUGCAGGACAUCCUCGCCUUCUACCUGGGACGCCUGGAGACCACCAACGAGGUGACUGACAGUGACUUCGAAACCAGGAACUUCUGGAUCGGGCUCACCUACAAGACCGCCAAGGACUCCUUCCGCUGGGCCACAGGGGAGCACCAGGCCUUCACCAGUUUUGCCUUUGGGCAGCCUAACAACCAGGGGUUUGGCAACUGCGUGGAGCUGCAGGCUUCAGCUGCCUUCAACUGGAACGACCAGCGCUGCAAAACUCGAAACCGUUACAUCUGCCAGUUUGCCCAGGAGCACAUCUCCCGGUGGGGCCCAGGGUCCUGAGGCCUGGCCGCAUGGCUCCCUCACCUGCCCUGGGUGCACCGGCUCUGCUUACCUGUCUGCCUACCUGUCUGGAACAAGGGCCAGGUUAAGACCACAUGCCUCAUGUCCAAAGAGGUCUCAGACCUUGCACAAUGCCAGAAGUUGGGCAGAGAGAGGCAGGGAGGCCUGUGAGGGCCAGGGAGUGAGUGUUAGAACAAACUGGGGCCCUUCGCCUGCUUUUGAUUGGGAAGAUGGGCUUCAAUUAGACGCCGAAGGAGAAGCCCCCGCCAGCGGCCCAAAGAGUCUGCUGUCUUCCGCCUGGCCCAGACCCUGUGGGGCAGCGGAGCUCCCCUGUGGCAUGAACCCCACAGGGUAUUAAAUGAAGUUAUGAAUCAGCUGAA